AUGACGACAGUGGCUCUCACCCUAAUCCAGCGAAACAUCCGCAAAUACCUGUUGCUGCGCAACUGGCCCUGGUGGCGUCUGUACACCAAAGUGAAGCCGAUGCUCAACGUGGCCCGUCAAGAGGAGGAGAUGAAAAAGGCGGCAGAAGAAUUGGCCAGAGUGAAGGAGGAAUUUGAGAAACUGGAGAAGCUGAAGAAGGAAUUGGAAGAGCAGAAUGUGACCGUUCUGCAGCAGAAGAAUGACCUAUUUCUGCAGUUGCAGACAGAACAGGACAGUCUGGCCGACGCCGAGGAGAAGAUCGCCAAAAUG